GUAAGCCUGUCAUGAGAGUUCUUCGCCAGCCCCUGUCUCAGCAGACAGAUCAGGAGAACCAGACAGGUAGGUGGCAGGACAGGUGUGGCUUUCCUGACUCCUUUGGGGACGAUACAGUGUGCAGCCUGUGGGCUUGCACAGCAGCAUUGCCACGGGCACGCAACAGUAGAGAGGAACUGAGCUGCCCUGAGAAAAAGCAACAGAAGAAAAACCAGUUAUGCAGCGUCUCCCCAAGAAGAAGAAGAAGAAGAAGAAGAAGAAGAAGAAGAAGAAGAAGAAGAAGAAGAAGAAGAAGAAGAAAAAGAAGAAGAAGAAGAAGCUCCCACCAUUGCUGGUGAACCCACAGGCCCAUCUCUGCUCCUCCCCAGCCCUGCAGCUCCAGUAACCAAAGCCUACUUCUCUCAGUCUCAUGAUCAAAACCAUCACCUAAAGGCAGCCCACCAACAGAUUCCUUGAAGCUGUGUCUUACCACAGAAGAAAAAUUUUUAAAAAAGGAGAAUUUCAUUUUUUAAAAAAAGCUUUUUUCCUUGAGAGUCAUCUCAACUUUUUCUUUAAUGAAUGAAAAGAUAAAUAAUCUUUAAAACAAUAUCCAAAAUUAUGUUACUGAUAUUUCAGUUAAA